UCCAUCUGGCAGUAAAAGAUCCUUAGCCAUUUUGGAAAUGGUACGAGUGAAAAACCAAGCUAACAACCCCAAUGUUGCUGCUUAAAAAUCUUUCGUCAAAACAAAUCAAAACUUUUCGAUUCGAGAUCAGUCUACGGAAAAUGAUAUGAACAUGCAAAAUGUAUCAUCUCUAAACCAUUUUGAUCAAUCUCUCAUAAAGGAUAUGCCUGACGAACUUCUCGACACAUCUUUAAAUAAUCUAAAUACAUCAAUUUUUGAUAAAAGUGACCUUUUUGAAAAAGAAACUAACUGCAGAAGCUUUUUUAAUAAGGAUGAUGGUUUAAUAAAUAUGGAAAGUGACCAAGAUCAAUACCACGACCGAGACCACCGAACAAUCAGCUCCAAUCAGUCCAACUACUGCUCUGACCGCAAAACUCCAGACUACAAUUUAACCACCUUAAGUACCGUCGAAAAUAACUUAAAACAAAAUUUCAGCAGCACUGAUGAGAGAACUACAACACAUGAUGGUUUGUUAAUAAAUCAGGAAAGAAACAACGAAUACUACUAUAAUAAUAAAUCCGAAAAUAUCCCCGAAAACAACUUAACAGAUGAAGAUUCUUCUUUCUUGGACCCUGAAAACACAUCUGAAUAUGAUCCUGAAAAUAACUUAAGUGAUGAAGAUUCUUCUCUUUCUGAAACCGAUUUCUUUGCCAUUAAACCAGGGACAAGGAAGAGAAAAAUGUAUUUGCAUUCAAAAGAGGAAAGGGACAAAAUUAAAAAAACCCAAAAAAUUCAGUCAUAUAAAGUUCAAGAGUCAUGUAAAUGUCGCAACAAAUGCUUAGAUAAAAUACCUCAAGACAUGCGUAUUAAAAUAAAUACGAAAUUUUGGAAUUUGGAUUAUGAGGGUCGAAAAACUUUUGUGAACAUGACUUGUCAAGGUUUGCCAAAAUUUCUACUUUGGAACUUUGGGAUUUAAAGGAAAUAAUGGUUCUUUGCACAAGUUCUUAUCUCCCCCUCAGGACAAAAGAGGAACACACAACAACCAUAAGAAAACAGUAAAUGUUGACCAAAUAAAAGAACACAUAAUGUCCUUUUGUCCUACGAUUUUACAUUAUCGUAGGGAGCAUGGUCCAAACAAAAUUUACUUACCGAGCGAUUUAAGCAUCACAGCUAUGCAUAAAAGGUUGACAGCAAUUUAUGGAUCCAACGCAGGCAGCUACUCUACCUAUCGACAUAUUGUGACUAACGUACUGAACAUAUCGUUUACACAUCUUGGUCAUGAGGAAUGUGAAAUGUGUUCCGAGAACAAAAUACACAAAAAAAACACAUUGUAAUGAAGUAUCUCCUGAUUGUGCAAAUUGCCAGAAAUACGCAGUUCAUUUUAAAAACGUAUCUCAAGCGUGAUAAUUAUAUAAGGAAAGCGAAAAAAGCGCAAAUAAAGAAAACGAGUUACAUGUUGCUGUUGAUUUGCAGAAGGUUAUCAUGCUUUCGAGGCUGGAUAUGUACAAAGAAGUAAUUUUUACACCUCGAUUAAUCGCUUUUCAUGAGAGCUUUGUACCUGUGGGAAAAUUUUGUCAAAAUAAACCUCCCUUCGCUACGGUUUGGCAUGAGGCCGUGUCAGAUCGCAAAAAGGAGGAUAUAAUCAGCACCUACAAUGCCUUUUUUACCGAAUAUGCCAGAGAUUAUAAGAACAUUGUUAUAUGGUGUAAUAACUGCCAGUCACAGAACAAAAACUGGUGUCUGUUUUCCUAUCUAAUCUAUUUAAUUAAUAGUACCGAGAUAAAUGCUGAGACCAUAUCUUUUUGGUAUUUUGAAAAGGGUCAUACUUUUAUGGCUGCAGAUGCUUUUCACCAUCUGGUUGAAAAAAAACUAAGAGAAAAAAAGUAUGUUUACGAUUUUAAAGAUUUUUGCGAUUGUGUUCAAUUUGCAUCAAAGACGCAACCUGUACUUAAAACAAUGACUCACAAUGAUUUUAGGAAAUGGCCGGUCGAUAUUUCUAAUAACCAAAUACAAAAAAUGAAUAAAAACAACGCUCAAAUUUUAAUAAAGGAUAUGAAAGUGGUUACAGUAAAAAGAGGGUCCAAAAAUUUGUUUUUUAAAACAAGUUACAAUGAUGGUAACGAAGAAUCACUGAUGUGCCUUGCAAAAAAAUUACAACCUCAAAAUGUUGUAAUUACUAAGCCUCCAGCCGCUGAAAACGAUAAGAUACGAACACAAGCGCGCAUUUUGGCUCAAUUUGCCAGUCCAUAAUCAAGUUCACGAUUAUAUUAUUGAAAGUGAUGAUGAAUAAAUAGUAGAGAUAAUGUUUGCUUAUAUUUUAGGUUAAGUAACCAAAGUUUUUAAGUUUAUAUACAUACUAUGUACUCACACGUUUAAAAUAAUUACAGUUAGUACCUAAUUAUC